AUGCUUGCGUCACGACAACAUACCUGUGGUGCGCCAAACGGAAUCCCACCAACGACGAUGACCAUGGACUCGGCAAAUGAAACUGGGGAAGACGGUCCAUCAACGAGAUCGUUUGCCCCACUUCUCAUCGAAGAGAGGAAGCCGCUCAAGGAGACUACCCAGUUCAAGUUGACCAAAUUUCGACACAGUUUGUGGGAUAGGAGACAAUGGAGGGAAGCUUUUGUCGCCGCAUUCAGAGACAUCCGAGCAAUUCGCUGGUUCGCUGUACUCGUGUGGACAUUGGCUAUAGGAUGGAUGGCAGGACUCUGCACCUUGCUAGUCUUUAUCAGCAGCACAAAGCUAUAUAGGGAUUCGGCCUGCAAACCGGACGGCAGUUUCGACGUGAACAAGAAUCAGUAUAACCUCUGGUCUUCCUCUGGAUUCUUCCAGAUCAUCCUGGCAUGGGGCAGGUUUUCCUUUGCGGAUGCCAAAGUCAUUGACGUCGCGUGGGAUGUGAUCUUUGGCCGUGGAGGACAGGCUCUGCUGACCUGGAUCUCUUGGCAGGUGUUUGCCGACUACACCACCACGUCGAUGCAAGUCAAGCCUGUGACGUACGACUUCUUCUGUACAAUAUUCCUCCAGGAUCAGCCGGGUUUCAGGUCGACGUGGCAAAUGAUACGGGACUUUGCUCGUUCGCGAGGGUUGAGAUCUCGGUUCAUGAUGGUGAUCAUGGUCUUGGUCACCAUCUUCAUCCUGUGUUUCCCUACCUUGGGCAGUGCAAUGACAGGCUACGUGGCGAAUAACGACGCGUAUGUCCAGAAUUAUCAAGGCGCGUUAAUACCCUUCAACGAUUUCAAGGUUGUUGGGUUUGUCAUCCACGACGGCUGGAGGAUCGGAAUGGAGGGCGAUACCAUGCUCACAUUUCCUGAUUCUGAUUUUGGACAAGACGACAACGGCUAUAGCGGAAGCUCGUAUGAGCAGAAACUCGGUUGCAUGGAAGAUGAUCCGAGCUACCCUUAUCGCCGGUACACUUUCAACGAGUCUACGCCCGAUAUGGAGAGAUGUUCAAUGUACCGGAACGUUUCAAACUAUGUGUGCGAAUACGGGUUCUACGGUGUGGAAAAUAAAAACACCACUUGGAUGAACGAAACCAUCCCGGCUCCUGCCCUCAACAUAUCAUCUUCCUGGCUGAAGCCCACCAGGCUCGUUUCCGGCUGGAAAUGGACAGAUUCUGGCACGGACUCGAGGCCUGAAGAAGUCGAAAGCAACAUGACUUACGCCUCCGGCAACGAGACCUACACCAAGAACUACAUGAAGGCUUUUGGAAGUUGUCAACCCAUGAGCGAUCACGGAAACGGCACCGAUGCCGCGCGAGAGAGCUACCAAUGGGGCUUCUCUUAUCUGCAACUCUACAUCCUCAUCCUCUUGCUCGUGCUUUGGACGUUGAGUCUUGCUUACAUGUGGCUCAAGGCACGACUGACAAGGGGAAUGCGACAAAGGUACGACGUGCCGAGGGGCUACAAGGGCGUGUUGACAAUGUCGGAUGCCAUGCGGAAGGAGCUGCAGGAGACUGAUCCCGACCAGCUCUCCCACGAUCAGCUCUCGGCAGAAAUCAAAAAGAGGCUCAAGGGCGGAAGCAUGCAGCUGGAGCUGACACACUCACCGGCAACGUAUGGCUUCUGGCGGGCGUCUUGGAUGUGGUUCAAGGAGGAGAAGUGGUGGGUAGGCGCCAUCUUGUUGAUGUUGGGGCUGUCGCUGACGCUGAUGCACUUGGAUUUCCUAUUUGGGUUGUGGCUGUUGGUCCCAAUGAUGUCUCACCUGCUUGCGUUGAUGAUAGGCCGGUCCAAGAAAAGUAGGAUCGUCAUCUCCCUCGUCAGUUCUGUUGUGGGAACGAUCAGUUUUUUGGGACCCUUCAAGUUAUUAACAAGGUGA